AUGGUGGUGGUGGUUGGUGGCGGUGGCGGUAAUGGCUGCCGCAAUGGUAGUGGUGGUCAGGACUUGACGGGUUUGGCUGGGAGCCCUGCAUAUGUUGCACCAGAAGUGUUGUUGGGUAGAUACUCAGAAAAGGCGGAUAUAUGGAGUGCUGGAGUGCUCCUGCAUGCUCUGUUGGUUGGUGUUCUUCCAUUUAAAGGGGAUUCACAAGAAGCAGUUUUUGAGGCUAUUAAGAAUUCCAAGCUAGAUUUCCAAACCGGGAUGUGGGAAUCAAUAUCUAAACCUGCACGAGAUCUUGUUGGGAGAAUGCUGACAAGGGAUAUUUCAGCAAGGAUAACAGCUGAUGAAGUACUUAGACAUCCAUGGAUAUCUUUCUACACAGAACGUACAUUGAAGAUCCUGCCCGUUGAAUCAAAGUUGAAGCACCAAAAUGGAGCUGCUUCCCACAACUUUGUUGCUGCACCUGAACCUAGGUUAGGAAGAAACAGGAUGGAUGAUGGGUUCCUUAAUGAGGGGUCUCGUGAUGUGAUGGCGCUUUUUGGCGCCAUUACGUUGCGAGAAAGCUUCGGGAAUUGUGUCUUGCGGCAAAAAUCGGAUUUUGCACACGUGAUCAACACAAAGAUUGGUGUUGCGUUGGUACUUUACUGA